UCCAACUUUUGCUUAUGGCAGCCUUCGGUAAUGCUCGUGAAUCACAAAUGAGCUUGCUUUUUCUUUCUCGGUCUUAAGUAAGUCUUCCUCUUCGGCCAUUUCUUUCUUUUCUCAAUCUAUAAAUUUUCCCAAAUUGUAACCCAUUUUCUUCACCUUUCAACCUCGUGAACUUAACAAAAUCUGCCAUGGAGAUGCAGCAACAAGCACAUCCCCACGUAGCCAUAGUGCCAACUCCAGGGAUGGGUCACUUAAUCCCUCUUGUCGAAUUAGCUAAGCGACUUGUUCUUAGCCACGACUUCUUUGUCACCUUCAUUAUUCCCACUGAUGGCUCACCCAUUAAGCCCCAAAGACAACUUCUUGAAGCUCUACCCAGCUCUAUUUCCUCAAUCUUUCUUCCUCCUGCGAGCUUUGAGGACCUUCCUGAGGACAUUAAAAUCGAAACUCGGAUCACUCUCAGUCUAGUUCGCUCUCUCUCGGCCUUACGAGAGACACUCAAGGUCUUAACUGAGUCAACCAAAUUGGUCGCACUAGUUGCCGAUCUCUUUGGCACGGAUGCGCUGGAAGUGGCUAAAGAAUUCGGUAUUUUGCCCUUCAUUUUCUUCCCCUCAACGGCCAUGGUACUGUCUAUGGUCUUUCACCUCCCUGAGCUUGAUAAGAAGUUCACUUGCGAGUUUAGGGACUUGCCUGAACCUGUCCAAUUUCCUGGUUGCGUCCCAAUACACGGGCGUGAUCUGGUGGACCCAGUUCAAGAUAAGAAAAAUGAAGCAUACAAGUGGAUAACUGGCAUAGCUAAUAAGUACCAUUUGGCCGCUGGGAUUAUGGUCAAUAGCUUUAUGGAUUUGGAACCAGGGGCUUUUAAGGCCUUGAUGGAGAGUGAUUCAUCAGGUGUUAGUCCUCCGGUUUAUCCCGUUGGACCCUUGAUACAGAAUGGAUUAAUCAGUGAGGCCGAACAUGAAAAUUCUGGUUGUUUGAAGUGGUUAGCCAAACAGCCAACUGGGUCAGUAUUGUUUGUUUCUUUUGGGAGUGGUGGGACUUUAACAAAGGACCAGUUGAAUGAAUUGGCUCUAGGACUUGAAAUGAGUGGACAAAGAUUUCUCUGGGUGGUAAGGAGCCCACAUGAGAAAGCUGCAAAUGCCAGCUAUUUUAGUCUCCAAAGCAUCGAUGACCCUUCUGAUUUUUUACCGGAAGGAUUCUUGGGUAGGACCAAAGAGGUAGGUCUAGUGGUUACAUCUUGGGCUCCCCAGGUUCAAGUCCUGAGCCAUGAAUCAACAGGAGGAUUCUUGAGUCAUUGUGGGUGGAACUCAUCCCUAGAGAGCAUUGUACAUGGCGUCCCCUUAAUUGCAUGGCCACUUUAUGCAGAACAAAAGAUGAAUGCCGUCCUCCUCUCAGAUGAUUUGAAGGUGGCAAUGAGGGUCAAAAUGAAUGAAAAAGGAUUAGUUGGGAAAGAAGAUAUAGCCAAGUAUGUGAGGGGGCUAAUUAAUGGAGAAGAAGGCAAAUCCUUAAGAAAUAAGAUGAGAGAAAUCAAGGAUGCUGCAGCAGAAGUUCUGAGGCAAGAAGGGUCGUCUGCUAAAUCACUUGCCAAAGUGGCGCAGAUAUGGAAGAACCAGAUGUAAAUGGCUUCAUGCACUGUGUAAUUUUCUGCCAAUAAAUGCUUUGCUUUGGAUACGUAACAGUACGAAUGUACGGUCCAAAUUCCACAUUAUUAUAAAAUUAAGUUUACUCGUA